AUGCGCGUACAUGAAUAUGGAUACAGUAAUCGUACACUCUGUGUAUUGAUACGAGCUGUAACCAAGAGACGGCCGGUGCAAAAACCGAGGCAAUUCGCAACAGCUGCAUCGCUACAUGUGGAAAGACUUCAUAAUGCAAAUCUCCUUCGUAGUUCUCCCAAAAUACCUCUAGUUAUCUACCUUCCACCAUAUCCAUCUUCUCCGCCACGACACCCGCCUUCAUGGUUGUUGAAUUCAUAUCCUGUCCUGAACAUACCCUAUCGCUGGUCUCAUAAACCUAGCAUAUCAUUUCGCAACCAAAAUUCUCAUGCAUUUCCAAUACCACUUCAUGAUACACUUCAAGCCUACACUUGGCUUCUGACCCGUUACCUCCCAUCUAUAUCAUCCGAGCCCAAACCGUUGGUUGGGGUUCCUUCCUACUUCCCCACCAAUCCAAACCCCACACCCACACAACGACCACUUUUGAUCUAUGGAUCCUAUCUUGGCGGAAGCCUUGCCACCUCUCUCGCCCUCACAGAAUCCUUUGUCUCUUCCCAACUACCCUUCAAAAUACAUUCUCUCAUAGUGCACAACGGAAUCUUUGACUGGACCCCCAUCUCAACUACAUCCGGCCCCUCAAUAUAUCCCUCUAAAUCCUCUAAUUCUGCAUCACCAAAUCCCUCUCUCCAUCGCCUCUCGACCUCAGAAUUAUACCUUCGUUCUCCCUGGACAACUCCGACCCUCCACGCCCUCAAAUCCCGCCUUUUUCCAUCCCCCUCCCAAACAUUCGACCCUUUCGCCUCCCCUCUCCUCUUCUUUCGCCGCGCUGGCAUUGAAGUUCCAAAUCGCUGGCCUAUUCCACCUCCGCCCUCCUCGUCACCAUCUCCAUCUUCAUCUCCCCCAUUCUCUUCAUCCCCACAUGCAUCUUCUACUCAAACUCCCACGUCCUCAGAACCAGGAAACGACUUCAUUGAUUUCGACGACUUCUCUCCUUAUCUCGAUUCUCCACCCCCAGAUUUCUGGGAAGAUCACCAAUUUGUUUUCGAAGCCGAUGAGAAACACCCCCACAAACGCCUCCAAGAAUCCCGAAAAUCAAACUUGAUUUUCCCACCCCCGAAAUCCACAUUACAAAUCCCAAGAUCUCUAUUCACAUACUCCUCAUCUGCGACCCCCUCUUCCUCUCCCUCUCCCUCCUCAUCCUCUCAUUCACGAAAAAAUAAGGAUGAGAUAAGAGAGCCUGAAGAUGAUAUAUUCGCAACACAAGCUCAAGAAAUAGCACAGGUAAUGAGGAGGAGUAUACAGAUGCAUGAAUUGAGAGAAAGGAUUAUGUGGGAUGAAGAUUGUGAUGCAAAGGAGAUUGCUGGGGAGAGGGUGCAGAGUAUGGAGAUUGGGGAUGAGGCCGGGGAUGGGGUUGGGGAUGGGGAGGGGUGGGAAGGACCGAGGGAGAAAGUGGUGAGAGGGUGGAUUGAAAAUGGAGGGUUGUGA